UCUCCCCCCUGCCCAUGUGCUGCACAGUUCCAUGGAGCUGAUAUUGCUGUUUUCUCUGCCUUGAUGCAGCCCUGCACCUCUUCCAGCUGAGAGCCCACAUGUACCAGGCCAGGGGGCUCAUUGCUGCUGACAGCACCGGACUUUCUGAUCCUUUUGCAAAAGUUACUUUCACAUCACACUGCCAGACCACAAAGAUCAUUUCUCAGACAUUGUCCCCCACCUGGAACCAGACCCUACUUUUCAACAACAUUGUGCUUCAUGGUGACAAAGAGGAGAUCGCCCAGUUCCCACCGGAGAUUGUCAUCGAGCUGUACGAUGAUGAUGCAGUGGGUAAGGCAGAAUAUAUUGGGUCUACAGUGGCUGCCCCUGUGGUGAGACUUGCUCAUCAAAACUAUGAACCACCAAAACUUUGUUAUCACCCAGUGCACUGUGGAAGUCUUUCAGGAGGAGACGUUCUUGCCACAUUUGAGCUUCUGGAGAUUCCCGAGUCAGAUCCAGACAGACUUCCCCCACUGGAUCCACCAGAUAUUGGCCAGAUUUACCCAGUCCCAGCUAACAUACGGCCUGUUUUAAGCAAAUACAGAGUGGAGGUGCUGUUCUGGGGCGUUCGAGAGCUGAAGAAAGUCCAGCUCCUGUCCGUGGAUCGGCCCCAGGUUCUCAUCGAGUGUGCAGGGAAAGGAGUCAAAUCCUCUGUCAUACAGAGCUACAAGAAAAAUCCCAAUUUCACUGGCCUGGCGGACUGGUUUGAAGUGGAGCUGCCUGAAAAUGAACUCUUGCAUCCACCACUAAGCAUCUGUGUGGUUGACUGGAGAGCAUUUGGGAGGAGUACUCUGGUUGGAACACAUACCAUCAACUGUCUUAAGCAAUUCCUAUGUAAAACCCCAUUAGGUCUUCAAGCUGCACCUAACAGAGUAGACAUUGCAGAAACUGAGAAAGCUUCCCCUGAAUCAUCUCAGCCUGCUGAACUGUCUCAGGAAGAUCCAUUUUUAGCUGACGGCAUCUAUGCUGAGGUGGAGCAGGGUAAAUGGACAGUGGUAGAGCCAGACCCAUCCCUCACAGCAGCUCCUGCCACUGAGCCAGAGCACUCUGCCUCUGAGCCAGGGAAAGAGAAGAAGCACAAGGAGAUUAAAAAAUCCAUCCGACGGUCAACAAAGAGGAGAAAAAGAACCAUUGCAGAUGAAUCAGCUGAAAAUGUCAUUGACUGGUGGUCAAAGUACUAUGCUUCUGUGCUCAAAAUGCAAAAGGCAAAAGGAAUUUUUUCCAGUGAAGGAAAACCUGAAGACAAUAAGCAGACUUCUGACCACAUAGCAUUGAUCAUAGAGGAUGAGCCAGACAAAAAGAAGAAGGAUAAGACAUUGAAAAGGAUGCAGAAGGAAACUCCAAACCUAGCAACACUGCAGAUUUAUGAAGGAGAUUUGGAGAGUGAAUUUAAUAACUUUGAGGACUGGGUGAAAACUUUCCAGCUCUUCAGAGGAAAAUCUAAUGAUGAAGUUCAUGCUGAUGCUGAAGACAGAAUAAUAGGAAAAUUUAAGGGCUCCUUCUGCAUUUACCCAAGUGCUGAGGAUGGCAGCUUGCUGGAUGGAGGGCAGCCCCGCAUCCUGCAAGGGAUCCCCCCAAACCACCCUGUCAAGGUGCUCAUCAGGGUUUAUAUCGUGGCAGCAUUUAACCUCAGCCCAGCUGAUCCAGAUGGGAAGUCAGAUCCCUACAUUGUGCUGAGGCUGGGAAACACAGAAAUUAAAGACAGGGAGAACUACAUCCCCAAGCAGCUAAACCCAAUAUUUGGAAGAUCAUUUGAAAUCCAGGCUACAUUCCCCAAGGAUUCCUUGCUCACAGUCUUGAUCUAUGACCAUGACUUCAUUGGGACAGAUGAUCUUAUUGGAGAGACUAAAAUUGAUUUGGAAAAUCGUUUCUACAGCAGACAUCGAGCCACCUGUGGGUUACAGAGUCAAUAUGAAAUAGAAGGGUACAAUGCAUGGCGAGAUGCAACCAAGCCAAGUGAGAUCCUCACUAAGCUGUGCAAGGACUACAGAAUCAGUGGACCCUUCAUGAGGCCAGGAGAGAUACAAGUAGGAUCAAAAAUCUUCAAGGGACAGACAGUCUUCACAGAAGAUGAGAACGAGGAGCCAGUCGAAUCAUACGAACAUCUCUCCCUAAAGGUUUUACGUGCUUGGGAAGAGAUCCCUGGAGCUGGCUACAGACUGGUCCCCGAGCACAUUGAGACCAGGCCCCUCUACCACAAGGAUAAGCCAGGCAUGGAGCAGGGUCGUGUACAGAUGUGGGUUGACAUGUUUCCUAAUGACAUGCCUCUGCCAGGACCUCCUGUGGACAUUUCACCAAGAAAACCCAAAGGCUAUGAACUGAGAGUAAUAAUCUGGAAUACAGAGGAUGUAAUUUUAGAAGAUGAAAACAUCUUUACGGGGCAAAAAUCAAGUGAUAUCUAUGUAAAAGGGUGGAUAAAGGGAUUGGAAGAGGACAAACAGGAGACAGAUGUACAUUACAAUUCCUUGACAGGAGAGGGCAACUUCAACUGGCGCUUUGUGUUCCCCUUCCACUACCUCCCAGCAGAGAAACAGAUGGUGGUUACCAAAAGAGAAAGCAUAUUUUCCUUAGAGAAGACAGAACGCAAAAUACCUGCUGAGCUGGUGCUUCAGGUGUGGGAUUUUGAAAGACUCUCUUCAGAUGAUUUCUUGGGCACUCUUGAGCUGGACCUGAAUGGGUUCCCUCGGGCAGCAAAGACAGCCAAGAGCUGUGACUUAGGCACAGUUGUGGCAGCAAGCGAGGAAAACAAGAUCUCCAUAUUUCAGCAGAAGCGCAUCAGAGGCUGGUGGCCCUUCAUCAAGACUGGGGAGCUCACGGGCAAGGUGGAAGCUGAGUUUCACUUGGUCACAGCAGAAGAAGCUGAGAAGAAUCCAGUAGGCAAAGCUCGAAAGGAGCCUGAGCCCUUGGAAAAACCCAACCGACCAGACACAUCCUUCUCUUGGUUUGUAAACCCUUUCAAGUGUUUGUAUCACCUGAUCUGGAGGAAUUACAAGAAGUACAUCAUCAUUGGCAUAAUUCUGCUUAUUCUCGUUAUCUUCCUGGUUCUCUUUAUCUACACAUUGCCAGGUGCAAUUAGUGAAAGGAUAGUCACAGGAACAGGGUAG